AUGAAAACUCUAACCCUGUUAUUUAGUCUAUGCAUAAAAGUUUAAAAAAAUGCAUUCUAUAUAAUUUUUUUAGCUCGAUAUGUGGGAGAGAAUAGAGCUUUUCCAUCUAAAGGUUAAUAAAUAGGAUAGUUAAUUUUAAUUAACUUAGCAAUAAAGUUAGUGAACUUGAGGAAUCUAAGAUGUUUGAAGAAAUAAAUACUUCUUCUCCAACGUAGACAUUUUAACCUUAGCCUAAUACAAAUAAAGUGCCAACAAAGAUUAAGCUAAGCCAGAACCAAAGUCUGAUUAAGGUAAAAAUAUGCCCUUUAAAUAUAGGUAAAAAGAUCCUAAAGUUGAUUAAGGGAAAACAGAUCCUAAAUCUGAUUAAGGCAAAUCAGAUCCUAAAUCUGAUUCAGGGAAAACAGAUCCUAAAUCUGAUUAAGGCAAAACUGAGCCUAAAUCUAAUUAAAGUAAUUUUACUCAUAAGAGUUGCAAGUCCUAAAGCUGAAAAAGGUAAAGAUGAAAAUUUUCCCGAUUAAGGUAUGACUGAUCCUAAAGCUGAUUAAGGUAAAUUUAAUAUAAUUAUUUUAGGUAAAGCCAAAAGGGGAUAAAAGUAAAAUACAACCAAAAGAUGA